UCUAGCAUUUUUAAUACUAAUAAAGAUUUUUGUUCAAAAAUGGAAAUGACUCCUUCAAGGUACUUAAGACAAAGACACACAUGGAGUGGAGAGAAAGGACAAGGAAUUGUCUUCACACGGUUUUUGAGAUUUCACGGGAUUUGGAAGCUCUGAAUUGGAUUUUUCUUGUUUUGAUCCCUUCCGGUACUUCGUUGUCUUACAGAAAGUUUUUUAUUUAAUAACUCUUCAUUUCAUCCGGGAAGCGCUGAUCAUUUCAGAACGAACACAGGAAAUUUUACUCUCUCAGAUGUAAACAUGUUUGACAGUGAAGGAGGGUUUGUUCGUGUUCAUUCUGACGAUAGGAUUAACUUUACCGGGUCUCUUCCGAGAGAUCCGUCUAACAGUGAUUAUAAGACAAGUGUAUCAAUUUGGGUACAUACAUUAGGCUUUACAAAUGCCUACAAUCUCUUCUGUCUGCCUUUUAAGUCUCAUUACAACGACUCGACGGGGACGGCUGCUGACAGGGAUAUUGGAUGCUGAGCAAGAAUUGAGGAGACAGGUGGCAGGAGGAUUAUUACAUUCAGCUGUUACCUCAAUGACACAAAUAAAUUUACUAGACAAAUUAACAUAACUGAUGGAAAUAACCCAGGAGGAUGGGAUGUAUAAUACGGGAUUUUCUACCGAAAAUUUUCAUCGAAACUUGAGGGAUUACUGAACAAGAUGCUAGAGA